UUACGUCUACCGUCUACGUGUCAGUUUAUCAAUGGCUUACACCCUUCCAUCUCUUCGUCUCUUCAACCCCUCCGGUUCCGCCUUCUCGAGCACAAAAUUUAGUGGCACUUUACACGCGGCCUCUUUCUCGAACCAGACGAGUCGACUCACCUCUCACUCAAUGAGUCAACCCGCCGUCACGGAUUCCAGCACUCUGUCGACACCUGAAGUUGCUCCGUCACCGCCAGACAACGCCGAUGUUGUGGUCCAGUACGUGGUGCUCCGGCGAGACCUGAUCGAUACUUGGCCAUUAGGCAGUGUGGUCACUCAAGGUUGCCACGCUUCUGUUUCCGCCGUUUGGUCCAACAAAGACGAUCCUGUCACAAUCGAUUAUUGCAGCCCUGAUAAAAUCGAUUCUAUGCAUAAAGUCACACUUGAAGUGAAAGGAGAACCCCAGAUCAAAAACUUGUCCGAGAAGCUGAAAUCUGGUGGUAUCAUACACAAACUGUGGAUUGAGCAACCUGAAAACAUCCCUACUUGCCUUGCCACAAAACCUUACCCUAAAUCAAUUGUAUCUUCAUAUUUUAAGAAGUUGAAACUCUGCAAGUGAUCUCAUAUUUGAUAUUAUCUUUUUUUCUUCCUGAACAGUGAUUGUUUCAGAUUUCUCAUUCUUUGCCUUUUCUCUUAAAAAGCAUCAAAGCUUCAAAUCGAGCCUGUCAUCGGCAAGGACAUUAACACUCUAAACCUGAUUUUUCUACUAUUAAUCCUCUACCUUUUCUGUUAUAUUUUGUUAAACUUUUUAGGAAAUUUCGGAUUACUUAACUCCGUAUUAGGCUGAUUAUGUUGUUUGAAGAUAUCUUAACUUCUAUGAUGUAAUUGGACAAGUCAAUUGUUGUU